AGUGAGCUCGCAGCAUCACGUUGGUUAACGGUAAUGUGAGUUAACGGGAAAGUUCAGUCUGUGGGUUGAGCUGUGUGUCGAGACGGGGAUAGUUUUACCGGGCGUGUGUUUCCAAACUUUCAGAAGCAAUGCCAGCCUUUGGUGGAGCUGUGCCAUAAACCCGAAGGGCUCUGCACAGAUCUGACACCCGCUCUCAUCCCAGGCUCUCUGGAGCUCUGUGCGUCCGCAGUAGCCUGGAGGAGGCAGCAUUCUGCUGAUCCAAAAACUGAUCCGAUCUUUGACUCGAAACCGUGAUCCAAAUCGAGCGUCCUCUGACCCAGCGCAUCUCCCAGUGACCCGCAGGCCCCCAUCUCACUCAGGAAUAUCAUGGCAGCCCCCCCAGUUCACCUUUCUCCACUUCUCCUUCUUCUCCUCUCCUUCCUCCUCCUGGCCCAGCCCUGCACCUCCAUCAGGCCCCAGGUUGUGGAGCGAAUGUCAGCCUCUGAGCAGCCUCAGUCCCUCGCUAACUCUACGGGUUCUGGCAAGCGGACAUGUCCGGGCGUCGUCGUGUGUAGACCUGGUAUCCUGCUACCGGUCUGGAUGCCAGUUAACCCUCCAUUGGGGGAGCAGGCAGGGAGGGCUCUUGUCUACUUCACAUGUCUCAUGUACAUCUUCAUGGGUAUAUCCAUCAUUGCAGAUCGCUUCAUGGCAUCCAUAGAAGUCAUCACCUCUCAGGAGAAAGAGGUGACCAUCACUAAACCCAACGGGGAAACCACAGUAACAACAGUAAGAGUCUGGAAUGAGACUGUGUCCAACCUCACGCUCAUGGCCCUGGGCUCCUCGGCACCUGAGAUCCUGCUCUCUGUUAUUGAGGUGUGUGGGCACAACUUUAAUGCAGGGGAGCUGGGCCCCAGCACCAUAGUGGGAAGCGCAGCCUACAAUAUGUUUGUGAUAAUUGGUCUGUGUGUGUGGGUGAUCCCAAACGAUGAGUCUCGCCACAUCAAACACCUGCGAGUGUUCUUCAUAACGGCUUUCUGGAGUAUUUUUGCCUACAUUUGGCUCUACCUCAUACUGGCUGUCAUCUCACCUGGGAUUGUAGAGGUGUGGGAGGCCAUAGUGACACUGCUUUAUUUCCCGGUGUGUGUGAUCUUGGCUUGGAUUGCUGACCGUCGCCUACUCUUCUACAAAUACAUGCACAAGCGUUACCGUGCUGACAAGAGGCACGGCAUUGUGGUUGAAAUGGAAGGUGACCUUGAGGCCAAAGGCAUUGACGUGAUCAUGGAUGGAAAGUUGUCGGAUGCCAGUUCGUGCCCUGGAAACUCCUCCAGCGUGACAGUCUCCGUGCAAACAGGCAAUGAACUAGACCAGAACAACGAUGAGGUGGUCCGGAUUCUGAAAGACCUGAAGGAUAAACACCCAGACAAAGACCUGGACCAGCUGAUUGAGAUGGCCAACUACUCCUCCCUGGUCCACCAGAAGAAGAGCCGUGCCUUCUACCGUGUCCAGGCGACGCGCAUGCUGAUCGGAGCCGGCAACAUAUUGAAGAAACAUGCUGCUGAUCACUCACGUCGCUCAGCAGACCAGGACGCUGACAAGGCCACGUGCUCGCACAUUUGUUUUGAAAGGGCCCGGUACCAGUGCACAGAGAACUGCGGCUCUCUGAGCCUCGGGGUGAUCCUCGAGGGGGGCACAGGCCAGAACACUUUCUAUGUGGACUACUGUACAGAAAAUGGCUCCGCCAAUGCUGGGGCAGACUAUGAAUUAAGUAAAGGAACCCUGGUGUUUAAGCCAGGAGAGAGCCACAAAGAGAUCAAGGUGGGCAUCCUGGAUGACGACGUCUUUGAGGAGGACGAGCACUUCUUUGUGCGUCUUCAGAACUUGAGGUUAGAAGAAGGUGGAAAUGAAGGGGCAGGAACUCCACCAAAGGGUCGGCUAGUGGAGCCACUGGUGGCCACCGUCACUAUCUUGGACGAUGACCAUGCUGGCAUCUUCUCCUUUGGCCAGCGUGUGCUGCGGGUGAGUGAGAGCACAGGCACACUGACGGUGACAGUGGUGAGGAACUCGGGCUCCAGGGGCACCGUCGCCGUGCCCUACCAUACUGAGGAUGGCAGUGCAAAGGCUGGGGUGGACUACGAGGAGGCCAGAGGGGAACUGGAAUUCACCAAUGAAAAGACUAGUCAGACCUUACAGGUGCGCAUUAUAAAUGUGGAGGAGUACGAGAAGCAGGAAAACUUUUUCAUUGUGCUAGAGGAUCCCAAAUGGCUGAAGAGAGGAAUUUCAGCACUGCUGCUAAACCAGGGCAACCCCACCCCUGAGGAGGAAGAGGCCAGGAGGAUCGCUGAGAUGGGCAAACCCAUUCUAGGAGAGCACAGCAGGCUAGAAGUCAUCAUAGAGGAGUCCUGUGAGUUUAAGACUCCCAAUGGAGUACUAGACCAGAACACAGUGGACAAACUCCUGAAGCACACAAAUCUGGCUGUAGUGCUCGGCACUCACUCGUGGAGAGAGCAGUUCAUUGAAGCAGUCACAGUCAGUGCAGGUAAUGGAGAUGAGGAGGAGGGACAGGAGCAGCGAAUGCCAAACUGCUUCGACUACUUUAUGCACAUAACGUGCAUUUUCUGGAAGAUUCUGUUUGCUUGCGUCCCACCCACAGAGUACUGGAAUGGCUGGGCAUGCUUCAUGGUGUCAAUCUCUGUCAUUGGUUUCUUAACAGCCAUUGUUGGAGACCUAGCUUCCCAUUUUGGCUGCACUAUCGGCCUGAGAGACACUGUCACUGCUGUGGUCUUUGUAGCACUGGGGACUUCAUUACCUGAUACCUUUGCCAGUAAAGUGGCGGCCACUCAGGACCAGUAUGCGGAUGCAUGUGUGGGAAAUGUGACAGGAAGCAAUGCGGUUAAUGUGUUUUUGGGCAUUGGGGUGGCCUGGUCCGUGGCUGCCGUAUAUUGGCAAGUCAAAGGUAAGGUGUUCCGGGUUGACCCCGGCUCGCUGGCCUUCUCCGUCACACUCUUCACCAUUUUUGCCUUCAUCGCUAUGGGAGUGCUAAUGGUACGCCGGAGGCCGUCCAUAGGCGGAGAACUGGGUGGCCCGCGGAUCCCCAGAGUCCUCACUUCACUGUUUCUCUGUGGACUCUGGUUCCUGUACAUCCUCUUCUCCAGCUUGGAGGCCUAUUGCCAUAUACAGGGCUUCUGAGGGAGCACAGCUGGGGAGGAGUAACGACUGCACUGACAAACAAACACACAUACCCGGGACUGUUCACCUGUGCGGUUCUGUUCCAGUAACUACCACUGGGAAGGCCGUACGUCCCUUCCACUGCACGACCGUUCCAGUCAGCCGACUUUAUUGUGACAGCACUGAUUCAUUUUCACUUAAGUGGACUAAAUAACAUGCAGUGACUGUUUUUUUGAUAAAGGAGAGCAAAGCAGGAAAGCAUGUACUCUGUAAAGUCACUGGAAGUUGCUUGAUACUGGCUUAACGCCUGAUGGCUCAUAACCUGGAUUUCAAGUUUAGUCUUAUUUCUCCUCACACUUAUAGAGGCUUGGUCAGAUUAGAUUGCCUCAGAUAGUACUUAAAUAAGAAAAUCAAUGACAGCUGCUUUUACACAGAUUUGCAAUGUAGGGACACCUGAGUAUAUCAUCACACUUAUACCAUGGCCGCUUGUCACAGGCAAAGAAGCUGUGUCGAAACAUUUCAUCCAAGUUUGUUGUCAGUAAGCAUUACCCCACAAUUAGGUCUGUUUGACCAAUUAGAGUUCUGUAGCGUAGCUCAAAGCAAAAGUGAUGUUGCUAUGGUUACCUCCAGUUGUCUUUUGGGCUUUUCCACCUUUUAAUAGACAGGACAGCUAGAUGAGAAAGAUGGGGAAGACAUGCAGGAAAUCAUCACAGUGCAGACUUGAGGCAUUCUGUGUAAAUGUGCACCUGCUCUACGAACUGAGCCAACCCGUCCACACCUCCAGUUGUUUGCGCCCAGAUUUAGAACAAUAGUAAUACAACAGCUGGCUGGAUGUGUUUGAGUUGUCUUGGUGUACAAUUCUGGAUGGAACUGCCAGCCAAUUAGAGGUGUUUUCUGUGGCCGUGGUAUAAAAAACGGAGCACAGUUGGGUUACAAUCUACAGUUCGGUAGAUAAGCUGCUGUAGAAUCUCACACUGAUGAAUUGUGUUUCUCUGUUAAAUUAUGUGACAUGAGGCAUUGUGUAGUGAAAUGUAAUUUACCUACUGAAUUCAGUCGCACUAUAAGUAUUGAUAAUAGUAUUGAAAUGUAUAAUUGACAAAGAAGUACACAGGCAAUGAAUUCUAAUAAGCUGUGGAAUGAA